AAUCAACACAAAACAUACAUCUGAAGCAGUUUCCACAGCAAGCAACUCCUCGACUUUCCAAAAUGAGUUUCCAAAAAGACCAAAAAGUUGCAAUUAUAGGGGCAGGCUUGGCAGGUAUGAGUCUUGCACUAGCCUUGCACAAACAGUCGAUCCCAUGCACCAUCUAUGAGCUCCGGGACUCAGCCUCUCAUCUCACUGCUACCGGAGCAUUGAUGUUAUGUCCCAAUGCACUCAAAGUACUGAGUGAAAUUGGAGUCUAUGAACGCAUCAAGAAUCAAGGUUAUAUGUUCGAAAAGCUCGAGUACAAGGAUGAGAACUACAAGAUCACCGAUGAGUAUUAUCUCGGCGGAGAGAAGUUGUUCGGCUACAAAGCACUUCGAGUCUAUCGUGAUAUUCUUCUUCGAGAAACUCUCGGAGCAAUCACAGAGCGAGGAAUCCAGGUCCAAUACGGACGCAAAUUCUCCAAGGUCGUCAAGGAAGACGAGACUGGCGUUGAGUUCGCAUUCGAAGACGGAUCUACCGAGUCCGCAACUUUGCUCAUUGGCGCUGACGGUAUCCACUCCAAAGUCCGACAAUACAUUCACCCAAAUGUCGGUCCUAUUUUCAGUGGCAUGAUGGCAAUUACCUCUGUGGUUCACGUCUCCGACCUUCGCUUUCCCGAGCCAAAUUACCACUUGACGACUUCGAUACACAGCAAGUACGGAGCCUUUGUCUUUGCACCUCAAAACUCUUCCGGUACAGAGAUCCUCGUCGGUACACAAAUGAGAAUGCCAGAGCAAGAUCAAGAAGGAUGGCGUCGCAUCCGUCAGAACAAAGAUGAGCUGAAGAGCAUGUUCCAAGCUCACAUGAACGAAUGGCCGGAUCUCGUCCAAUCGGCUAUGGAACACAUGAACCCCGACAAGCUUUCUAUUUGGCCAUACUAUGUCGUUCCAAAGCUCGAUACCUGGUCUUCACCAGGCAAGCGUGUCAUCAUUUUGGGUGAUGCUGCUCAUGCUAUCCCUCCAACGGCCGGUCAAGGCGCGAGUCAAGCUUUCGAAGACGUUUAUUCGCUGUCCCUGCUGUUGUCAAAACUGUCUGACAAAGUGAAGCUUGACGACGCCUUGGAUUUCUGGCAGUGCUAUAGAAUGGCGAGGGUCGAUGAUGUGUUGGCUCUCACUAGAAAGUUAGACGUGAAGAGGUUGCCAACCGAAGACAAGGCGAAGGUGCCAGAGGAAGUUGUAUGGCUGUUUGAGCCGAAGAUUGAGGAGAAGAUGUUGAAAUGGGUUGCUGAGCAGGAGAAUCAGUGA